UCCGCUUCAGCCAUUGUUAUGUUAUGUCCUAUCUCUCUGCUCUCUCGAUUGCAACUGCUUAUGUCUGUGACGUUACUCCAGUGAGGAAGCGGAUUUGGGUUCAUCAUUCCCUCUGCAUUGCUUUGAAUGUAAAAUAGCUUCCUCUACAGGGUCGACCACAACUUCAGUCUCACAUACGGCAUCAUGGUCACCAUCACCGGCUGCUCCCAGUGCUGGCCACUCAUCAUCUGAAUCUGCAUCUUGAGAGGAGGAACCUAAAAAGAAUUCCAAGGGGAAAAAUACCCAUGAAAAAUAUGUUAACUUUAACUCAUUUUGGCUGGGAAAAACUGGCAGCGAUCAUUCACUGACGUCCGUGCUCAGCCCUCCCACCGGGGCUGGCUCUUCGCUGUAGUAAGAGGGGGCAGUGCCGUCAAAUCAAACUUUUGGAAGUUGAGAAAGCACAUUUUUAAUACACUGACAAAAUUAAUAUAUUACAUUGACAGGUUAAUCUGCACUCAAUACAAAUCACAAGUUGAGUGACUGUUUGGUGCCAUAGACACCAUGUAAUAGAAAAUCAUUUUACCGAUUACUCCAACAACACAUGAAUGCAGCAUCAAUAUAGCAUGUGCUAAUCACACAGUUGAUGGCGGGUGCAAAUGACAUCUUCCAACCUGCUUUGAAGACAAAGCAGAGCAGCAGAGUGCAGGCAGAGGUGAACGAGAGAUGGGAGUUGAUGAGCACAGUGUGUGCCAGGUGCCGGUUGCGGAGGGGAAAAGUGUGCAGCAGACUGUGGACAUGGUGCACAAAAAACUGGAGCAACUGGGAGCUGUGAAGCAGGGUAGCUUCUGUGUAGACUGUGAGACCUACCAUGCAACUGGAAGUGUCAGCGGUCAGCCCUCCAAGCUCUUAUAUGUGAUGCACAACUCAGAAACCCCACUUAGCUGUCUGGCUUUGUUUGAGAAUGGGCCCUGUCUGGUAGCUGAUGCCAAUUUUGACGUUCUCAUGGUGAAGCUAAAGAGUCACUUCCAGAAUGCUAAGGGACACAAAGUGGAAUGUCGGGGGUCACGGUAUCGAUACUGCGACUUCCUCAUCAAAGUUGGCACCGUGACCAUGAGCUCAAGUGCCAGAGGAAUAUCAGUAGAGGUAGAAUAUUGUCCCUGUGUGGUUCCAGGGGACUGCUGGAAUCUUAUGAAGGAGUUCAUGCAGUCAUUCCUGGGCCCUAGCAUCCCAGAGCUGCCAUCUGCGUUUGUUGCCAAGCCCGAAGGCAUCUUUGCACCGGCAGACUGUGUUGACACCAUGACACAGUAUCUGGAGUUAUUCAACAAGCUGCGUAAACUGCAAAUCCAAGGGAGUAAUGUGCGUUGAAUAUUACUGAUGGGUUUUAUUUUUGAUAUAUUCCUAAUCUGUUUAUCAAUUCUGGUCCUGUGGAUCAAGAAGCUAGCCUAGCUGGCAUCUAAGAAAGCCUGGCCUUUUAUUUCACUUGCAUCAUGUAAACAUCAAAUCUCAACCGUUUUGAUGAGAGACUAUUGUAUUAAAAAAGGUAAAGAACAAAUAAACAAU